ACCAGCUACCCCUGAAGAAACCGCCGCCGCUGCCGGAUCCGGGAUUCACACUUCAUGGGCCAGGCGCAGGGGGUCGGGCGCCGGGCUAGGUGGCCGCCAAGAGCCUGGUGAGGGGCUCCCCGGAGCCCGGUGGGAGAGGGGCGGCCAGGAGCCCCGGGAGCGCGACCUCGGGGCGGAGAGAGCCGCGGCCCGCGCCGAGGCGAUGCUCGGGUGGCUGCGAGCUGCCGGCGGCGAGAGACCAUAGACGGGCAUGGGCCUGGCGCCCCACCACCCCUAGCGACCCUCAAGCCUCGCCCUUCUGCUCCGACUCGCGGGACCGACGCGAUGGCCUCGGAAGUGGUGUGCGGGCUCAUCUUCAGGCUGCUGCUGCCCAUCUGCCUGGCAGUAGCAUGUGCAUUCCGAUACAAUGGGCUCUCCUUUGUCUACCUUAUCUACCUCUUGCUCAUUCCUCUGUUCUCAGAACCAACAAAAACGACGAUGCAAGGACAUACGGGACGGUUAUUGAAGUCUCUGUGCUUCAUCAGUCUUUCCUUCCUGUUGCUGCACAUUAUUUUCCACAUCACAUUGGCGAGCCUUGAAGCUCAACAUCGUAUUGCACCUGGCUACAACUGCUCAACAUGGGAAAAGACAUUCCGGCAGAUCGGCUUUGAAAGCUUAAAGGGAGCUGAUGCUGGCAAUGGGAUCAGAGUGUUUGUACCUGACAUCGGGAUGUUCAUUGCUAGUCUGACCAUCUGGCUUCUCUGUAGAAACAUUGUUCAGAAACCUGUGACAGACGAAGCAGCACAGAGUAACCUGGAGUUUGAAAAUGAAGAAUUGGCUGGAGGAGAAAAAAUUGAUUCAGAAGAGGCACUGAUCUAUGAAGAGGAUUUAGACGGAGGAGAUGGUGUUGAAGGCGAGUUGGAAGAAAGCACGAGGUUAAAAAUGUUCCGCAGGCUUGCCUGUGUGGCCUCUAAGCUCAAAGAGUUCAUUGGCAACAUGAUCACCACUGCUGGGAAAGUGGUUGUUACCAUCUUACUGGGCUCCUCGGGUAUGAUGUUGCCGUCUUUGACAUCAUCUGUGUAUUUUUUUGUAUUUUUGGGUCUGUGCACCUGGUGGUCCUGGUGCCGGACGUUCGACCCAUUGCUGUUCAGCUGCCUCUGUGUUCUGCUGGCUAUUUUCACUGCUGGACAUUUGAUUGGACUUUAUUUAUACCAGUUCCAAUUCUUUCAAGAAGCAGUUCCACCCAGUGACUACUACGCAAGGUUGUUUGGUAUCAAGUCAGUAAUUCAAACGGACUGUUCCAGUACUUGGAAGAUCAUAGUAAACCCGGACCUGUCAUGGUACCACCACGCCAACCCUAUCCUCCUGCUGGUGAUGUACUACACUCUGGCCACUCUGAUCCGCAUCUGGCUGCAAGAGCCCCUUGUGCAGGAGGAGAGGACAAAAGAAGAGGACAAAGCCCUGGCUUGUAGCCCCAUCCAAAUAACGGCGGAGAGGAGGCGGAGCCUGUGGUACGCAACCCAUUACCCCACUGAUGAGAGAAAACUUUUAUCCAUGACCCAGGAUGACUACAAACCUUCUGAUGGCCUGCUGGUGACUGUGAACGGCAACCCCGUGGAUUACCACACCAUCCACCCCAGCCUGCCCAUGGAGAACGGCCCCGGCAAAGCCGACCUCUACUCCACCCCCCAGUACCGGUGGGAGCCCUCUGAUGAAUCCUCAGAAAAGCGAGAGGAGGAAGAGGAAGAGAAAGAAGAAUUUGAAGAAGAAAGGAGCCGUGAGGAAAAAAGAAGUAUCAAAGUUCAUGCCAUGGUCUCCGUAUUCCAAUUUAUUAUGAAACAAAGUUACAUCUGUGCCCUCAUAGCUAUGAUGGCCUGGAGCAUCACCUAUCACAGCUGGCUGACCUUCGUGCUGCUGAUCUGGUCGUGCACUCUUUGGAUGAUUCGCAACAGAAGAAAAUAUGCCAUGAUCAGCUCUCCCUUCAUGGUGGUUUAUGGAAACCUAUUGUUGAUAUUACAGUAUAUAUGGAGUUUUGAACUUCCUGAAAUUAAAAAGGUUCCAGGAUUUUUAGAAAAGAAAGAGCCAGGAGAACUCGCUUCCAAAAUCCUUUUCACCAUUACUUUUUGGCUACUGCUGAGGCAGCACCUCACAGAGCAAAAAGCUCUGCGAGAAAAGGAAGCUCUUUUAUCGGAAGUCAAAAUUGGCAGUCAGGAAAAUGAAGAAAAAGAUGAGGAACUUCAAGAUAUACAAGUGGAAGGAGAGCCCAAAGAGGAGGAGGAAGAAGAGGAAGCGAAGGAAGAGAAGCAAGAGAGAAAGAAGGUAGAGGAAGAGGAAGUUGAAGAGGAAGAUGAGCAGGACAUCAUGAAAGUCCUGGGCAAUCUGGUGGUGGCCAUGUUCAUCAAGUACUGGAUCUACGUCUGCGGAGGCAUGUUCUUCUUCGUCAGCUUCGAGGGUAAAAUCGUAAUGUACAAAAUCAUCUACAUGGUGCUGUUCCUGUUCUGUGUGGCCCUGUAUCAGGUGCACUAUGAAUGGUGGAGGAAAAUUCUAAAAUAUUUUUGGAUGUCAGUGGUUAUUUACACUAUGCUGGUGCUUAUCUUUAUAUACACAUAUCAGUUUGAAAACUUCCCAGGCCUGUGGCAAAAUAUGACUGGAUUGAAAAAAGAAAAGCUUGAGGAUCUUGGCUUAAAGCAGUUUACUGUGGCUGAACUAUUCACUCGCAUAUUCAUCCCAACCUCCUUUCUGCUGGUGUGCAUUUUACACCUGCACUAUUUCCAUGACCGGUUCCUUGAACUCACAGACCUCAAGUCCAUUCCCAGCAAAGAAGACAACACCAUCUACAGACUGGCCCACCCGGAAGGAAGCCUCCCGGACCUCACCAUGAUGCACCUGACCGCCAAGCUGGAGAAGCCGGAGGUGAGGAAGUUGGCUGAGCCUGGGGAGGAGAAGCCCGAGGGCUACUCUGAAAAAGCCCAAAAGGGUGAUCUUGGGAAAGACAGCGAGGAGUCAGAGGAGGACGGAGAGGAAGAGGAGGAAUCCGAGGAGGAGGAAGAAACAUCAGAUUUAAGGAACAAAUGGCACCUGGUGAUUGACCGCCUCACUGUGCUCUUCUUAAAAUUCCUGGAGUAUUUCCACAAGCUGCAGGUGUUCAUGUGGUGGAUUUUGGAGUUGCACAUCAUCAAAAUCGUUUCCUCCUACAUUAUCUGGGUUUCCGUGAAAGAGGUGUCUCUGUUCAACUAUGUAUUUUUGAUUUCUUGGGCUUUUGCUCUGCCGUACGCCAAGCUGCGCCGUCUGGCUUCAAGUGUCUGCACGGUCUGGACGUGUGUGAUCAUCGUCUGCAAAAUGUUGUACCAGCUCCAAACCAUUAAGCCUGAGAACUUCUCUGUUAACUGUUCCUUGCCAAAUGAAAAUCAAACAAACAUCCCCCUUAAUGAGUUGAACAAGUCUCUGCUCUACAGUGCUCCUGUCGAUCCUACAGAGUGGGUCGGCCUGCGGAAGUCUUCGCCUCUGCUCGUCUACCUAAGGAAUAACCUCCUGAUGCUGGCUAUCCUGGCCUUUGAAGUCACCAUUUACCGCCAUCAGGAAUACUAUCGAGGUCGAAACAAUCUGACGGCCCCUGUGUCUAAAACUAUCUUUCAUGACAUUACAAGACUACAUCUAGAUGAUGGACUUAUUAAUUGUGCCAAAUAUUUCAUAAAUUACUUCUUCUACAAAUUCGGUCUGGAGACCUGUUUCCUAAUGUCAGUUAACGUGAUUGGCCAGCGAAUGGAUUUCUAUGCCAUGAUCCACGCCUGCUGGCUGAUCGCUGUCUUAUAUAGACGCAGAAGGAAAGCCAUCGCGGAGAUCUGGCCCAAGUACUGCUGCUUCCUGGCAUGCAUCAUUACCUUCCAGUAUUUCAUCUGCAUCGGCAUCCCACCUGCUCCUUGCCGAGAUUACCCGUGGAGAUUCAAGGGUGCCAGCUUCAAUGACAACAUCAUAAAGUGGCUGUACUUCCCCGAUUUCAUUGUGCGGCCCAACCCCGUGUUUCUUGUCUGUAAGUGUUUCCACUGCAGGGCCACGGAGUGCUGGUAUCCGGGGUCACUGCUAAUCAUUCUUCCAUGCUAUGCAUUAGUGCCUUUUGUCUUCCACUAUGCAGAUAAAUCAACCCUGAACAUGGGGCAGCAGAUGCUAGGAGAUGCUUCCCAGAUUUCAGUUGCUCUAGAAUUGGGCUGCAGCCCCAAGGCCUUCCCAGGGCAGCUGGUGAUCCAAAGAUUUGCGAGGUGCAGUAGAGAGCAUGAAUUUCUUCCCUUGUUAAAGACUUUCCUGAUUUUGCUUUUGUUUGUUGUUGUCCUUUUGUCAUUGGCUUUGUUUUCCAGAUCUUACUUAGACAUGUCCAAAGUGAUCGUCUUCAGCUACCUCUUCUGGUUCGUGCUCACCAUCAUCUUCAUCACUGGGACCACCAGGAUCAGCAUCUUUUGCAUGGGGUACCUGGUGGCCUGUUUCUACUUCCUGCUCUUUGGGGGCGAUUUGCUGUUGAAACCCAUCAAAAGCAUCCUGCGCUACUGGGACUGGCUGAUCGCAUACAACGUUUUUGUGAUUACGAUGAAAAAUAUCCUGUCAAUAGGAGCAUGUGGAUACAUUGGAACACUGGUGCACAAUAGUUGUUGGUUGAUCCAAGCUUUCAGCCUGGCCUGCACAGUCAAAGGCUAUCAAAUGCCUGCUGCUAAUUCACCCUGUACACUACCCAGUGGGGAAGCAGGAAUCAUCUGGGACAGCAUAUGUUUUGCCUUCCUCCUGCUGCAAAGAAGAGUUUUCAUGAGUUAUUAUUUCCUACAUGUUGUGGCUGAUAUAAAAGCUUCCCAGAUUCUGGCGUCAAGAGGAGCUGAACUUUUCCAGGCCACAAUUGUAAAAGCUGUGAAGGCAAGAAUUGAGGAAGAGAAGAAGUCCAUGGACCAGCUGAAGCGACAGAUGGAUCGCAUCAAGGCCAGGCAACAGAAAUAUAAAAAGGGUAAGGAGAGGAUGCUCAGCUUGACCCAGGAGCCAGGGGAAGGCCAGGACAUGCAAAAACUCUCUGAAGAGGAUGAUGAAAGAGAAGCAGACAAACAGAAAGCCAAGGGCAAAAAAAAGCAGUGGUGGCGGCCUUGGGUUGAUCAUGCUUCCAUGGUCAGGAGUGGAGAUUAUUAUUUGUUUGAAACGGAUAGUGAAGAGGAGGAAGAGGAAGAAUUAAAGAAGGAAGAUGAAGAGCCUCCACGAAGGUCAGCAUUCCAGUUUGUUUAUCAAGCCUGGAUUACUGAUCCUAAAACAGCACUCCGACAGAGACACAAAGAGAAAAAAAGGUCUGCAAGAGAAGAACGGAAACGAAGGCGGAAAGGAUCCAAGGAGGGUCCCGUGGAAUGGGAAGAUCGGGAGGAUGAACCAAUCAAAAAGAAAUCUGAUGGACCAGACAAUAUCAUCAAGAGGAUAUUUAAUAUUUUGAAAUUUACCUGGGUCCUAUUUCUGGCAACAGUGGACAGUUUCACCACUUGGCUUAACUCCAUUUCAAGGGAGCAUAUUGAUAUAUCUACAGUUCUGAGAAUUGAGCGAUGCAUGCUGACCAGAGAAAUUAAGAAGGGCAACGUUCCGACUCGGGAGAGCAUCCACAUGUACUAUCAGAACCACAUCAUGAACCUUUCCAGAGAGUCGGGACUGGACACCAUUGACGAGCGACCCGGAGCUGCUUCAGGUGCACAGACAGCCCACAGGAUGGAUAGUUUAGAUUCACAUGACAGUAUCUCCAGCGAGCCCACGCAGUGCACCAUGCUGUACUCACGCCAGGGGACCACUGAGACCAUUGAGGAGGUGGAGGCUGAGCAGGAGGAGGAGGCAGGGAGCACGGUGCCUGAGCCCAGCGAGGCCAAGGAGUACGAGGCCGCCGGGUACGAUGUGGGAGCCGUGGGUGCUGAGGAGGCCAGCCUCACCCCAGAGGAAGAGCUGACACAGUUCUCCACCUUGGACGGGGACGUGGAGGCCCCACCCUCCUACAGCAAGGCUGUGAGCUUCGAGCAUCUGUCCUUCGGCUCGCAGGACGACUCUGCAGGCAAGAACCACAUGGCCGUCAGCCCGGACGACAGCCGCACCGACAAGCUGGGGUCCAGCAUCUUACCUCCCCUGACGCAUGAGCUGACGGCCAGCGAGCUGCUGCUGAACAAGAUGUUUCACGAUGAUGAGCUUGAAGAGUCCGAAAAAUUCUACGUGGGGCAGCCCCGAUUUCUGCUGCUCUUCUAUGCCAUGUACAAUACCCUGGUGGCCCGCUCAGAGAUGGUGUGCUACUUCGUGAUCAUCCUCAACCACAUGGUCUCUGCCUCCAUGAUCACGCUCCUGCUUCCCAUCCUCAUCUUCCUCUGGGCCAUGCUGUCCGUCCCCAGGCCCAGCCGCCGGUUCUGGAUGAUGGCCAUUGUCUAUACCGAGGUGGCAAUUGUAGUCAAGUAUUUCUUCCAAUUUGGGUUCUUUCCCUGGAAUAAGAACGCGGAGGUGAACAAAGAUAAACCGUUCCACCCCCCAAACAUCAUAGGAGUGGAGAAGAAGGAAGGUUAUGUCCUUUAUGACCUCAUCCAGCUCCUGGCUCUGUUCUUUCAUCGAUCAAUUUUGAAGUGCCACGGCUUGUGGGAUGAAGAUGACAUGACUGAAAGUGGCAUGGACAAGGAGGAAUCAGAUGAUGAGCUCUCCCUCGGUCAUGGCAGGAGGGACUCCUCGGAUUCUCUCAAGUCCAUCAACCUGGCCGCGUCCGUGGAGUCAGUGCAUGUGACCUUCCCGGAGCAGCAGACAGCUGUCCGGAGGAAGCGCUCCAGCAGCAACUCCGAGCCAUCCCAGAGAUCCAGCUUUUCUUCGAACAGAUCCCAAAGAGGCAGCACAAGCACCCGAAACAGCAGUCAGAAAGGAAGCAGCGUUUUGAGUAUUAAGCAAAAAAGCAAAAGGGAACUUUAUAUGGAAAAGCUUCAAGAACAUUUAAUCAAAGCAAAGGCCUUUACCAUAAAGAAGACGCUGCAGAUCUACGUGCCCAUCAAACAGUUCUUUUACAACCUCAUCCACCCGGACUAUAGCGCCGUGACUGACGUGUAUGUGCUCAUGUUCCUGGCUGACACUGUGGACUUCAUCAUCAUUGUCUUCGGCUUUUGGGCCUUUGGGAAACACUCAGCAGCUGCAGACAUCACCUCUUCACUGUCAGAGGACCAGGUCCCAGGGCCGUUUUUGGUGAUGGUCCUCAUUCAGUUUGGAACCAUGGUGGUGGACCGAGCCCUCUACCUCAGGAAGACUGUACUGGGAAAGGUCAUCUUCCAGGUCAUUCUUGUGUUCGGAAUUCACUUCUGGAUGUUCUUCAUCUUACCCGGUGUGACUGAGAGGAAAUUCAGCCAGAACCUGGUUGCCCAGCUUUGGUACUUCGUGAAGUGCGUUUACUUCGGGUUGUCUGCUUACCAGAUCCGUUGCGGCUACCCAACGCGAGUCCUGGGGAACUUCCUCACCAAGAGCUACAAUUACGUCAACCUCUUCUUAUUCCAAGGCUUUCGCCUCGUGCCCUUUUUGACUGAGCUGAGGGCAGUGAUGGACUGGGUGUGGACAGACACAACCUUGAGCCUGUCCAGCUGGAUCUGUGUGGAGGACAUCUAUGCCCACAUAUUCAUCCUAAAGUGUUGGCGGGAGUCGGAGAAGAGAUACCCUCAGCCGCGGGGCCAGAAGAAGAAGAAAGUGGUGAAGUAUGGUAUGGGAGGAAUGAUCAUCGUCCUCCUCAUCUGCAUCGUCUGGUUUCCUCUUCUCUUCAUGUCUUUGAUCAAAUCUGUAGCUGGGGUCAUCAACCAGCCCCUGGACGUCUCCGUCACAAUUACCCUGGGAGGGUAUCAGCCUAUUUUCACAAUGAGUGCCCAACAAAGCCAGUUAAAAGUUAUGGACCAGCAGAACUUUAAUAAAUUUAUACAAGCUUUUUCUAGGGACACCGGUGCUAUGCAAUUUCUGGAAAAUUAUGAAAAAGAAGACAUAACAGUAGCAGAACUGGAAGGAAACUCAAAUUCUUUGUGGACCAUCAGCCCACCCAGUAAGCAGAAAAUGAUACACGAACUCCUGGACCCCAAUAGUAGCUUCUCUGUUGUUUUUUCAUGGAGUAUUCAGAGAAACUUAAGUCUGGGUGCAAAAUCGGAAAUAGCAACAGAUAAGCUUUCUUUUCCUCUUAAAAAUAUUACUCGAAAGAAUAUCGCUAAAAUGAUAGCGGGCAACAGCACAGAAAGUUCAAAAACACCAGUGACCAUAGAAAAGAUUUAUCCAUAUUAUGUGAAAGCACCUAGUGAUUCUAACUCAAAACCUAUAAAGCAACUUUUAUCUGAAAAUAAUUUCAUGGAUAUAACCAUCAUUUUGUCCAGAGACAAUACAACUAAAUUUAACAGUGAGUGGUGGGUUCUCAACCUGACUGGAAACAGAAUAUACAAUCCGAACUCUCAGGCCCUGGAACUGGUGGUCUUCAAUGACAAAGUCAGUCCCCCAAGUCUGGGGUUCCUGGCUGGUUAUGGUAUUAUGGGAUUAUAUGCUUCCGUUGUGCUUGUGAUUGGGAAAUUUGUCCGAGAAUUCUUCAGUGGGAUUUCUCACUCCAUCAUGUUUGAAGAGCUUCCAAAUGUGGAUCGAAUUUUGAAGUUGUGCACAGAUAUUUUUUUAGUUCGAGAGACAGGAGAACUGGAACUAGAAGAAGAUCUCUAUGCCAAAUUAAUAUUCCUGUAUCGCUCACCAGAGACAAUGAUCAAAUGGACUAGAGAAAAAACAAAUUGAAACCUUAGAACACAGACUGCAAAUAAUGUUAACAUUUGAAUUUUUUUUAAAAGCACAAUAUUCUCAUAAGAGCUAAGCAUUUCUAGUUCAAUGGAAAUGAUUUGUUUCUCUUCUGACAGGUAGACAAAAGGAGCUGACAUCCUUUUGCAGUAAAAGCUACCUUGCAAGUUAAGGCACUGUUGAAAAUGUUAUUUGUAACUCCAUUUCUCUGAAAUCAGGGCUACUUGCUUUACGUUUUAGUCAACAGUGUCUUGCAUUCUGAUUGACCAUGUGAAGGAAUCAUGUAUGGGCCCCGUCCAUAAGAGAAACAGAAGAGGAGUCAGAAGGAAAGAUGCCUGUAUUUUCCUCUGUGGGCCCGUGCCCUUCCUGGAGAGACGCUACAAUGCAAUAUGCAGUGCUCCAUCCCCAUGGGGAAGCUGCUGUUAUGAGACUAGAUGAGCCUUCAACACACUCAGAAUAUGCAACAGCAAUAGGGAGCAGACAGCUCCUACCUGUGUUUCUAGGGGCAAAAGAGAGGGAACUAAUUGCCCAUGAAGAUGCCAGUGGAAGGAUCAGCCUCAUUCUAAGCAAAAACAUAACAUUAGUGAUACUCUUACUGCCUUAUCUUAACCGAGGACUAAUAAGAUACCUUUCCAUUAAACACCAGUGACUUCUCAGGAAAAAAAAAAAAAAAAAAUAAGCAGCAAAACAAAUGAUGUGGACACCUGCUUUGUUGUGGUCCAGCAGUGACCGGCUUCAAUGAGGGGAACCAUUCUGGAGGGCUGCGGUCUCCUGUGCAAACCGACGUGAGGCAGAAGAGUAAAAAGGCCAGCCCAGUGGGACCUGGAAUACUUUGUAACUCUUUAAUAACUGAGGUCAGGACCGCUCUUCUGCCUUCCCUGUCCCUCAGUGUGCUUUUUCCCAUUUCCAUGAUUUAAGGCAAUGGUUUUUCCAGUAUGUGACAUUUUCCUUCCUGUUUUUCAGGUAUAUCAAAGAGUUUACAUAUUCCAAUUCACAUUUUUACAUCUGAGACGGGUUUUUUAAGUUCAUAAUUAUGAAAGAAAUAUGUAUAUUGAGCUUGGGGAAAUAAAAAUGGCCUUUUCUUAAAUUAUUAUUAUUGGUAAUACAACCUCUUCAUUAAAUAACAAUGUAGCAUGAAAAAUUUAUGAUUGAAAUGUAGUUUUCAUUCCAUAUUAAGAUACAGUUUCUGAGAAGAAUCAUUGAAUGGACUAGAAUAUGUCAAAAAUUGAUCCUGUGUAGUUUGGGUUCAGGGCUGACUUAAAAUAAAGCACAUCCUGCAAAGUCA